AUUGUGGCUGAGCGGGGGGCACAAGCUGACAGGGGGGAGAAGAACUUCCUGUCUGUGAUGCUUAAUGCAAGCGAGAGCACAGACGCAAUGAGGAAGUUGUUGACGCAAGACUACGUGAGCGCACUUACAUACGAGCACUUACUUGCAGGGUCGGUGACCAUGUCCUUCACGCUGUCAAGCCUGGUGUACCUUGUGGCGAUGUACCCCGAGGUAGAGGAGAAGCUACUCAAGGAGAUUGACGCUUUUGGGCCCAAAGAUGUGGUACCCAAUGUUGAGGACAUCCAGACCAAAUUCCCUUAUAUGGAGCAGGUUUUGAAAGAGACGAUGAGAUUCUACACUGUGUCCCCGCUGAUUGCAAGGGAGGCAUCCGAGGAUGUCCAGAUUGGAGGCUAUGUCCGUCCUAAGGGUACUUGGGCGUGGCUAGCACCGGGCGUACUAGCAAAAGAACCAAAGCAGUUCCCAGACCCCGACGUGUUUCGGCCUGAGCGGUUUGACCCUGAGAGCGAGGAAUGCAAGCGAAGGCAUCCCUAUGCAUUCAUUCCCUUUGGUAUUGGACCCCGGGCAUGCAUUGGGCAGAAGUUCGCGUUCCAGCAGCUCAAGCUCGUCAUCCUCCACCUCUACCGCCACCACGUCUUCAGGCACUUGCCCAACAUGGAAUGCCCGCUGCAGUUCCAGUAUUCCAUCUUGGUCAACUUCAAGCAUGGUGUCAAGCUCCAGGUCAUCGAAAGGAAGACUUGA